ACACAGCAGUCCGGACAUUUUAAAAGAAAAUACAACACACAUGUACUAUAAUUCUUUUGUGGCAUAAUGGAUUUUUCCAUAAUCGAGAAAGUAAAAGUACGAUGUAGUUUUAAAAAUGGGCCCUAUGGGCUUUCCGACUUGGUCUUUGUCUUUGAAACAACGAAUCCCACUGGCGCUGGCGGCGCGGUCACAGCUCGACCCAGAUCCCGCUUCAUGGCCUUGCCUGCCUGACUGCCACAAAGCACAGUCGUAAAACACGAGGGGAGGCCUUCACGUAGCUGAUUGUUCAGUGGUCACUUCUACUGUUUGUGCACAAAGCAAUGGCCUUCUAGAAGUGUGUACAAACUUAAAAUGACCGAAAGCAUCGAGGCCGCCCGUGUAAUGGUAAGGGACACGGCUCAGCAAGCCAGCCGCGCAAACAAUAUUGAAAAGAAGUUGAAUGCUGCUUUCUAAUCGGACAUGUUUGAUUAUUCUUGUGGUAGAUCGAAGUAUAGGUAGAAUUCUGAUACAACUGUAACACACACGGGCCAGCGUUGCAGCCGUAUUGUUUGCUGUCAGAUUUGGAAAAAAAGUUGAGGGCUGUGAACGAUCAUCAUGGCAUCGGAACCAGUCUGUGUUGAGGACUUUGAGCCUUACCUGAAGGCGAGGGUGUCGGACAGUUUCUGGCAUUACUUCAGAAGCGGGGCAGACGGUGAGCAGACGUUAAGAGACAAUCCACUGGCCUUUCAGAGGUAUCGUCUUCUACCGCGAUGUUUGAGGGACGUGUCUCAACGAGACACCAGCACCUCUAUACUCGGUCAUCGCCUAUCAUUCCCUGUUGGUGUGUCUCCCAUGGGGUGUCAUGCCUUUGUGCAUCGUGAUGGAGAAAUCGCCACUGCGAAGGGUGUAUCAAAUGCUGGGUCUGCCAUGGUUCUCAGUAUGUGGUCCAACAAGAGUCUGGAGGACGUGGCUGCAUCAGUGCACCCUGACACGCCACUGCUGCUUCACCUGAACCUCCUGUUCGACAGAAGCAGAAUGGAGGCGGUGAUCAGACGGGCCGAGGCAGCAUGCUACAAGGCACUAGUGGUAACGGUUGAUCAACCGACGAUGGGGAACAGAAUGCACUUGAGAAGGAGCAUAGAUGUGGACCCGACUAUUACCUGUCCGCAUAUUUUACUUCCUGGAGAGGAGUUGACGCACGAAAAGGCUCGAGCGAUUGUUAACGAGUCAAAAGCUGUGACGUGGAAGGACAUCUUGUGGCUGACGGGAAUUACGUCACUUCCGGUUGUGCUGAAAGGUAUUCUAACAGCUGAAGAUGCAAGAGAAGCUGUGAGGCACGGUGCCGCUGGUAUCCUGGUGUCUAACCACGGUGGUCGGCAGCUGGACGGGGUACCAGCUCCAAUCGAUGUUUUGGCUGAGAUAGUCAACGCCGUACGUGGCUCCAGUGUUGAGGUGUAUGUUGACGGAGGAAUACGCAAAGGCACCGAUGUCCUCAAGGCCCUUGCUCUGGGAGCACGAGCCGUCUUCAUCGGCCGACCGGCAAUCUGGGGGCUCGCUUACGACGGUGAGAAAGGAGUUGAAAAAGUUCUGGGGAUUCUCAAAGAGGAAUUUAGCAGGGCCAUGGCUCUAUGUGGUUGUUCCUCGCUAUCGGAUAUUACACCAGAUUUGAUUGCGACGAUGCCGUACAGCAAGAUGUAGAGCUAAAGUCUGAGAACCAGUUUUUGUUUGAAUUGGAACAACGUAGACCUAGCUAAAUCUGCUAAUUUUCUGCUUAAACUGAGAAGUUAACGGGCCCAGGACUUUACAGAAUAUCCAUAAGCUUCAAGUAGACCCGAGGAAAAACAAAACAACAGAAUGUAGGCUUAAUUAUCACAUAUCACAUUAUCGCUUUAGAGAAAUUUGGUGGGAGCUAACAUACCGGGUUUUUUUUUAAUUGAAAUGAACUGAAUCAGCCAGUUCGGUAUUCCAACUGCGCAUGUGCACAUUCAAAUUUGCCGAUUUUUCUUUUGGGAUAAAAAUUUCAUCGUAUGCGUGCCAAAGUAUAGCGGGGUACCAGCAAAAUUUAGGAAAUCAUCGUGUUCUGAAGUAUAACAUUUUACAAAAACCUUUUGGACAGGGAGGUGUUUUUACGUGUCUUAUGUGUCAAAACCUUUGUGCGAACGAAAGUUCCAUCUCUUUUCGAUUGCACGAAAAAUUGCACAGAUUCGGUUACCAUCCCCCAUAGCCUUGUGUGCAUUUAUCUGCCAAGGUUACCCCGGAAAAAAACUCGUCGAAUCUUGCUGCGCACCAGACUAUUUUGGUAUACCGAACUGGCUUAUUGGAACAGUGUGGUUGCUGCCACCAAGCGUCUGAAAAGUCUCCAAAUGUAAAAACAUAUAUUAAAUCAACGAGAUUCAACGAGAGGCGCCCCUAACAAAUUAUUGACACCACCCUUUCUUUGCAGUUUAUACUGUAGCGUUUUCAGAUUAUCAGUUCUUAAUUAUCAAUUCGUCUUAAUUCUUAGUUAAUCAUCAUUUAGUUAAAUGUUCCUUUUGAACUUGUUUAAAUGAUCAUGCCUGUAUAAUGAUUAAUCCUCCUGAUUGUAAUGCAUUACUCAUAGUUUUCCUAGUAAACAUAAAUGCCUAUGCAGUGUGUAGUCCGUUGUUUUAUACAGAGCAAAUGACGUUUGGAAAAGGGAUGGCACUAUCCCAUUCAGUGACACUUCUUCUCUGGUGACUUGUAUGGCUUAGUAUGUGUUGUAAGCAUGACUGAGUCUUUGCCGGUUACGUCCGAUUGAAAUGUAGAGUGGGCGGACAUAAGAGAUUAAGUGACUAUGAUAGGUUGGGUAAUCAAAUGUGAUUAAAGGUGCGAGCAGAGGAUUAUGUUCGCAAAUCCUCUUGUUAGCAAUAGCAUGCUUUCGUGCCUUGCUGUUGGGCACUCUUCAGUUGCAAAUAGGUGAUUCAAAAAAGAAUCGAGGCUGACUCGCGGAAAAGUUGUGGUUGGGAUUGGUUGUAUUCCAAUCAUGUAUCGUAAGUUUGAAGUGUUGUGGUUACAACCAUGUGACUUUAGUUGGUUUCAACUUGUUCCUCUAGUGAGGAGAGCAAUCGGGUUCGGUUAGUUUUUUGGAAGAGCCGGAGUAGGUCGGG